AGUGCUCAACGCAUAAACCUCUCCUGCGAUGGUCUUUCCUGAGGUGUAAGGCUCAACCACAGGGAAGCAUGGUGGAUCCAAUCUGGCUUGCGCUCAAGCUGCUUCUCUCCCUCGCACUGUGCGCCGCACUCGGAUUAUCAUUCGCCGUCGCUUUCGAAACACUCAGAAGAAAGUUCAAUCGCGAUCAUGUUGAAGCUCCUCCCGCGUUCGAAGAUCCAAAUUCAUUGACGCCUGUCCCGUGUCCGAGUAUUUUUUAUCCUGCCCAAAAGUAUAUGUCAUUGAUCAUUCCUGCGUACAAUGAGGAGAAUAGGCUUCCUGCUGCUCUUGAUGAAAUGCUAUUUUAUCUUCAACGCCGUGCUGCUAAGGACAAGUCAUUUACAUAUGAGGUGAUUAUAGUUGAUGAUGGAAGUGCUGAUAGAACAAAAACUGAGGCUUUUAAAUUUGUGAAGAAGCACACAGUAGAGAAUGUGAGGGUUAUUUUGCUGGGAAGGAAUCAUGGAAAGGGUGAAGCCAUACGGAAAGGAAUGCUACACUCUCGUGGUGAGCUGCUUCUAAUGCUUGAUGCUGAUGGGGCAACAAAAAUAGAAGAUCUUGAAAAGUUAGAAAAUCAGAUUUUUGCAGUUGCUAAAAAACAUGGUUUUGGAGCUUCUGCUGCUAUUGAUUCAACUUUAAGAAUUUCAGAUGUCUCAGUUGUUGCAUUUGGUUCUCGGGCACAUCUUGAGGAGAAGGCUCUUGCAACGAGGAAGUGGUAUCGGAAUUUCUUGACGAAAGGUUUCCAUAUUGUGGUUCUUUUGGCUGCUGGACCUGGAAUCCGUGAUACCCAGUGUGGGUUCAAAAUGUUUACCAGAGCAGCAGCCAGGAAACUUUUUCCAAAUAUCCGUUUGAAAAGGUGGUGCUUUGAUGUUGAGAUAGUCUAUAUCUGCAAACGGUUGGGUGUACCGAUAGUCGAGGUAUCUGUGAAUUGGACUGAAAUUCCCGGGUCAAAGGUAAACCUUAUGAGCAUCCCAAACAUGUUAUGGGAGUUGGCAAUCAUGUCUCUGGGUUAUAGAAGUGGCCAUUGGAAAAUCAACACUUGAAGUCCUUUUUUUUAUAUAAAAAAAGCUGACCUUUUGGCUUUCAUAGUUUCAGAGAGGAUUAUACAUCUGACAGCAACCAACCGGUUUGCAAUGGCGAUUCGAGUUGCUUUCUGUGUACAAUAUUGUUAAUGAGUUCAGAACAAGUCGUUUUUUUUGUUUAUUUUAGUUGUACAAUAUUGUUUGAUAAUUUGAUCAAAUGCACUGAACUUUCAGGUGUUUUUGCGCGUUAAAAUUUUUCUUGUUUCCAAGGGACAAGGCACUGCAUACUUAGUUCGCGGGAAUUGGGUUACGAAAUGAGGGAGGAAAUUACUACCACACCCCUAUUGAAUAACUGAUUCUGAUGGUA